ACCUUCUGGCUACCUUACUCUCGAGAACUCGUCACAUGGAAACAACAUGGCAGAGAGCACGACAAAAUCAAAACUGGAGUUGGUGAUCAAGAACAUCAGGCCAUUUCCUGAUUUUCCAAGUGAAGGAAUACUUUUCAGAGACAUAAGUCCUAUCCUGAAGAACCCGAGUGCUCUGACUGCAGUGAUCGAUCUCUUUGAGGAUCAUGUGAGAAUGACAUACCCGCAAGUGGAGCUAAUGGUGGGUCUGGAUGCACGAGGGUUCCUGUUUGGGCCCCUGUUGGCCCAAAGGUUAGGAGUAGGCUUUGCCCUCGUAAGGAAGAAGGGCAAGCUGCCUGGACCAACCGUCUCUGUGUCCUACACCCUUGAAUACGGCAAGGCAGAGGCUGAGAUCCAGGAAGAUGCUGUGUCUGCGGGGCAGAAGGUCCUCCUUAUUGACGACCUGCUAGCAACUGGAGGGACGCUGUACGCUACUUGUGAGCUGAUGAAAAGGCAGAAAGCUGAUGUGCUUGGCUGCUUGGUGGUCAUCGAGCUCAAAGACCUCAAUGGGGUGGAAAAGCUGAAACCUUUCCCUCUUUUCUCACUGGUGCAAUACUGAGGGACUGUUUUCCCUGUAUGGUAAAAUGGGCCCAAACAUGCCACCCAUAAGAAACAAAUGUCUCUCAAAUACAUUUCAUAUUAUUCAUUGUCUUUGUCACUAUGUGGAAGAACUAUCUCAUAACUUCCUACAAAUGCCCCACAAUAUACACACCUAAAGAAAGGUUUAUAAAAGUUGAUUGCUUCAACAUGGUACACCCCUAUUGAGAUAUCUAUUGUCUUCUCUAUUCGGGUGAUGCACAUUCAUCUUGGGCAUUCGUUUUAAGUCUUACUGUUCCCACAUUGGUUUAUUUCACAGUAAAUGUCUGACAAUUCAUGCAAUAUACCUAUGACAGUUUAGCCUUUUGCAUUCCAUUAAUUUGUAUGCAAUAAGUAUCAGUAUGAACUUAUGCUGGUGCCUUUUUGGUUAUUAAUGCAUGUUUCAAGUGUUGGAACAUUUCUCAAUAAAGGUUCAUAUUAAACUAA